AUGUUCCUAGAGCGAGUCGCGAUCUUCAAACUUGCGCUAACUACUCGUGAUAGAGCAGGCAGCACCGAUUCAGCCCUGACCAACCAUGGAAUGGCUCAGAUCAAUUGUCUUGCGCAACAUUUCGCCUCUAGUCCAACUAAAUUCACAGCGGUCUUCAGCUCAAACUUGAGCCGAGCAAGAAUAACUGCCGAAGGCAUUUGUCGUGCACAGGUUUCACCAAAGGACGAAGUACCCUUGAAACCGGUACUGUCGCCGUAUCUCAGAGAGAAAGAUUUCGGAUCGAUGGAAUGCCGCAUCUGGAAAGCGGCUCCUCCAACGCCAUUGCCUCCAGACUGGAUUGUUCCCGAGUCCAGAAUCUCGAUGCGAAACAGGGCUAAACUGUUUUUCGACGAAUACCUCCUCCCGCUGCUGAUGCGUGACCCAGAUGGCCAACACAAGAUCGCAGUCGUUGCCCACGGCCUGAUCCUCCAGGAGUUAUGGUCUCAUCUCAUUGAGCUUUUUGUUCCAGCGGAUUCCGAGCUUAUUAUUCCUUAUCGAAGACCUAUGUGGUCCAAUACCGGUUACAUGACGGUCCUAAUUACCCCCAAACCGACAGAAAAUAUACCGCCACCUGUUCCCAUGCCGGGUUUCGCAUUGGUAGUUGCGGGUGUUGAUAACAAGAAACAUCUUGUCGGUCUCCGCCGCACUGGGGGUGGGCUUGCGAGCGUUGCCCAUGAUAGGAAACAAAAGAAAAUAGAUCAAUUCUUUCGAUAG